AUGCCACUCUUCUUGAUGUGUGCUCUCGACUUCGUGACUAAAGGAAAACUGAAAAAGCUUCGACAAGACGGCAAAGCAAGCCGAACCGAGGAGCUCCUAAUGAUGCAGAUGCUCGCCAACUCGUUUCUCGUGUUGUGGAACGAUAUCGUACUAGGAACGAUUCUGGCUAUCUGCCAACUCUUCUUUGGAUUCAACGUCGUCUAUCUAUGGUUUAUUGUCAAUCAAUUCAAUCAGUUUCUCCUGUUUGAUUUGGUAGCCAGUUUGAUUAGUGCGAUUUUCCUUCGAAAGCGGCAAGAU